GGGUACAAAGCCUGUGUUUGCUCUCUGACUCUCUACCUGGCGCUUUCAGACUGCUGAGUAAGCAGGACCCACUUGGCUGGGUGCCUCAGGGCUACGGGAGCCAGAGGGGCUGCGUGGGGGCAACUGCCCUUCACUCGAAAGCAUUUCUCUUUGGUCUCUGAGGGACCCCCAACCUGAGGUUCAACAGCAGGCUAUGGAUCUUGACAGCAGGACAAACAGUGGUAAAGGCUCCAGUAACAACAGCGGCAUGACAUGGGGUCAGCAGAAGUGCUUCCAUUCGAUCGCCCUCACCUCUGUGACCAGUGGGGCCAGCUGGACAAUGUUCUGAGCACUGGCCAAGGCCAGUCCUGCCCUGGGGCCCCUGGCGGUGGCUGGGUGCGGACUAUGGCCUCUCAUCAGCUGUACGUGGCUCCACCGGAGGCCCUGCUCAAGCCACUCUCUGUGCCCAGCAGGCUCCUGCUGGGCCCCGGCCCCUCCAACCUGGCCCCCCGUGCCCAGGCGGCCAGCGGGCUGCCCCUGAUUGGACACAUGCACAAGGAGAUGUUCCAGGUCAUGGAUGAGAUCAAGCAGGGCAUCCAGUAUGCGUUCCAGACCAGGAACCCCCUCACACUGGCUGUCAGUGGCUCGGGACACUGUGCAUUGGAGACAGCCUUGCUCAACCUCCUGGAGCCAGGGGACUCUUUCCUGGUUGGGGCCAAUGGCAUAUGGGGGCUUCGGGCCGCGGACAUCGGUGAACGGAUCGGAGCUCAUGUGCACCCCAUGAUUAAGGAGCCUGGAGGCCACUACACACUGCAGGAAGUGGAGGAGGGCCUGACCCAGCACAAGCCAGUACUGCUGUUCCUGACCCAUGGGGAGUCUUCCACUGGGGUGCUGCAGCCCUUGGACGGCUACGGGGAGCUGUGCCAUAGGUACCAGUGCCUGCUGUUGGUGGACGCCGUGGCAUCCCUAGGCGGGUCCCCCAUCUACAUGGACCAGCAAGGCAUCGAUGUCUUGUACUCUGGCUCCCAGAAGGUUCUCAACAGCCCCCCAGGCACCUCCCUGCUCUCCUUCAGCAGCAGGGCCAAGCACAAGGUCUACAUGCGCAGGACAAAGCCCUUCUCCUUCAGCAUGGAUGUUAUGCUGCUGGCCAACCUCUGGGGCUGCGACAACAAGCCCAGGAUGUACCAUCACACCACACCUGUCGUCGGCCUGUACAGCCUGAGGGAGAGCCUGGCACUCAUGGCGGAGCAGGGCCUGGAGAGUAGCUGGCGACGGCACCAUGAGGCCACGGCGUACCUGCACAGCCGCCUGCAGGGCCUGGGCCUGCAGCUCUUCGUGAGGGACCCGGCUACCCGUCUGCCCACCAUUACCACUGUGGCAGUGCCCGCAGGCUACGACUGGAGGGACAUCGUCAGCUACGUCAUGGACCACUUCGGCAUUGAGAUCUCUGGCGGGCUGGGGCCCUCCAUGGGCAAGGUGCUGCGGAUUGGCCUGCUGGGCUGCAAUGCCAGCCGGGAGAACGUGGACCACGUGGCCAAGGCCUUGAAGGAGGCCCUGCAGCGCUGCCCCCGCAACAAGCUGUGACAGCAGCCGGCUGAGUCUCCAGGGGUCACAGUGGUCACCAGGCCUGGGGCCUUCUCCCUCUAAGUGGGGCUGCAGGAGAAGGGUGCACUGUGCUCUCCACAGAACUGCUGUUCCUGCGGCCACUGGCUGCUGGGAUGAUCAAUAAAGCACUGGCCCCUACUA